GAUAAACUACAGGACGUUCUGAAGGAGACAUGGACAAAUGUCUCACUGGCAGUGACUCAAGUGGAUGUUUUACUGUCUCAACCAGAGCCCAAAACCAGAGAUGGAUUCUUAAAACAUUCAUGUGAAAUCACACUGGAUCCUCACACAGCACACAGCAUGCUUUUAUUAUCCGAGGGGAACAGAGAAGUAACAAUUGCUGAACAGUCUUAUCCGAGUCAUCCGGACAGAUUCACUGACUGUUGGCAGGUCAUGAGCAGCGAGAGUCUGACUGGACGUUGUUACUGGGAGGUGGAGUGGUAUGGAGAAGACAUUUAUUUAGCUGUCGCAUACAAGGACAUCAAGAGAGAAGGGAGAUCAGAUGAUUGCACAUUUGGACGAAAUGACAAAUCAUGGGCAUUAUAUUCUUAUCGAAAUUAUAGUUAUACAUUUUGGUACAACAAUGUUGAAACUGAUUUGAGUGGUCCUCAGUCCUCCAGAUUAGGAGUGUACCUGGAUCACAGAGCAGGUAUUCUGUCCUUCUACAGCGUCUCUGAAACCAUGACUCUCCUCCACAGAGUCCAGACCACGUUCACUCAGCCGCUCUACGCUGGACUCUGUGUCGAGUUCCAUUAUUCUUUUCGCGCUGAGUUCUGCAAACUCACAUAG